UGUUUUUCAGGUCCUUGAAGGCGGCUGAAUUUGUACCGCCUGAGUUGAGAAGUGCUAUAAUAGCGCUUCCUGAGCAUGAACUGCUUUGGUUGGUCAGCUUGAUUUAUAUAUGUGCUACACAAUCUAGAAGCAGCUGAACUGGCCCCUUCUUGAAUGCACACAAUCUCUUGGUCUUAUUUCCUUCUGCCACCAUGGCAAAUGAAAUUGUCUAUGCUGACCUUGGGUUUUCCUCUGAACCCAAUUCUGCAAGGUCACUCCGUCCAUCUCAAGAAGCAAAUGCCUCUCGGGAUUCCCACUGCUUACGCACUGCUCUCUGGAUAGGAUGGUCUGUGAAUAUUGUCCUUGUGAUCCUUGUGAUAGUGCUUCUGGUUUUUCAGAUGAGGGAAUGUAAUCCUGUGGAUGGUCCAGAUAAAGACCAGGAUUGUCAGAGAUCCAGCAAUGGAAGAGAAGAUAAUUCAUGCCCAGAGACUGUAACUAAGUUGAGGACAUUUUUGUGUAAGCCACUUGACAACAGCACCACAGAGUGCAGAAUCUGCCCUGAGAACUGGCUUCGUCACAAGAGUAAGUGCUACUGGAUCUCCAAAGAAAAACAAUCCUGGCACAAGGGUCAGGAUGAUUGCAGAGAAAAACACGCUCAAAUGUGGGUGAUACGAAGCCAAGAAGAACAGAGGUUCAUAUGGAAGAUGAUUAGUGAAGAAAGAAAACUUCCAUGGAUUGGACUUAAAACCACAUCCGCUGGAGACAACUGGUCCUGGAUAGAUGGCUCCCCAUUAAAUGACACAACGUCACAAUCUUUAGGUAUUGCAGAACCAAACAGCUGUGGAAUGCUGAAGAACAACCAGAUUUCUUCACAAUCCUGUGGUAGCAUAGCACAGUGGAUCUGUGAAACAGAAGCUUUUCUGGUGUAA